UGAAAACCUUAUUAUUGUCCCUACGACGCACGUGUCCGUCAACUAAGCAUUUGGGCAACCUACUCCAAGGUGUCUCUCCGGAGCAAUACAUCUUUCUAGGAAGGUCACCAAUGUUAUUCAAGUAAGUCCGCAUUGAUGUAUUGUUGCUUGGUGAGGCUUCUGCGGCCGUUCGAGGUGUAUAUAAGAUACGAGGUCCCCACCUGAUCUUCAUUGCCUUUGUGAAAGUAUCUUUCCAGCAAGCGUCCUCUAGAGAAGGUGCUCUCCUCUUAUACAUAUCGAAUAAAUCAGAUUGUAGUCUUAAGAUUUAAUCCCCGGUUUCAACCAUGAGGCUUUCACUUUCUCUUCUCUUUGUCACGCUGGUGACCUCUUCGGUUGCUAGCCCCUUAGUAUUAGAUUAUUCCGAAAGCACCAUUCAGAAACUUAAAGGCCGUCGGUCUGCAGCUAUUAAAGCGAAUACGCAAAAGCGACAAUCAGCUGGAACUACGGAGAAUGAGUUUCUUGAGGGUGGAUGCCGGGAUGUCAUAUUCAUCUUCGCCCGUGGCAGCACUCAGGAUGGUAAUAUUGGAGGCGACCCAGGUCCGCAAACUAUAGAUCAACUCAAAGCUGCAUUGGGUACAAAUGCUAUAGCAGCUCAGGGGGUCGACUACCCAGCACUGUUAAUCGACAAUCUGAGAAUAGGGGGUUGCGACCCCGAGGAUGCUGACAAUAUGCGAGCGUUGAUAACGCAAGCGGCAACUCAGUGUCCGUCGUCGAAACUAGUAGUCUCGGGUUAUAGCCAAGGGGCUGCACUUGUUCACCGAUCGAUCGAAUCUGCAUCAACUUCUGUUAAGAAUCGGAUCUACGCGGCGGUGACUUAUGGCGACACCCAGAAAGCGCAGGAUGGUGGGAAAAUCCCAAAUUUCGACGCGAGCAAGACCUUAAUCCUAUGUCACGACGGUGACGAAGUUUGUAAAGGUACAUUAAUUAUAACCGACGCUCAUCAUGAGUACCACGAUCUUGCCCCCGAUGCAGUGGAUUUCAUUGUUAGCAAGGUUUAGCGAUGUCGACUUUAUUUCAUUUUGGUUAAAAAUUUAAUUCGUAUAGUGAUCGAUGCAGAUGAGCCUUGAUUAAAUCUGCCUGAGUGGGCACGCCCUCUAGUGCGUAGGUAUGUAUAUAGGUACAAUACGAUCAGAGGAUUGGAGUGGAGAUGUAAUGAGGGCAUUGUAGGAAGCUUAAAUCCAUACAUAAUAGAGAUCCAUACCUUUACACGUCGAUUCUCGUGG